UUUUUUUGUUGUGUUUUUGGGUGUUUGGCACUGUAGAAAACUAGAAGCAUCUCAUUUUUUGUUGGGUGUGUUGGGAAAGUGAAUUCUUUAGGUUUUGUUUGGUGGUUUGUGUGCCAAUCAUAUGGUAAUGGCUUCAAUCCAGCUAUUGUGAUUUUGUUCUCUACUCUCUCUCACAUACACACAGACACACAAUGUUGAUAUCACUCUAUUUGAAGCAGAUUUCUUGGGUUUUGUUGGGGUAUUCAUGGAGAGUGGCUUUUGGGUUUUGUCUAUUGAUCACUGGUUGAUGAUGAACAUAGAUUGCUUUCAUGUGGGUUUAUAGCUUUCUCUUUCACAUUUAACAUUUGGUGAUGAUCAUGGGUUCAUUUGUUUAUUAGAUUUUCUCUAAUUUCUCUGAGAUGAUUCUGUUGGGUUCCUCAGAUUUUGUUUGAUUGAUCAUUAAAUUAAAUAAGAUAUACAUAUUUACAACACUUCAUGUUGUUCUUGAUCUUCUCAUUUAUUCCUUUACUUUGCAUAGAUGCUUGUUGUCUGCCGUUUUUGGUGGUUUACCAAGAUGCUGUUUUUAAAUUGCUGAGUUUUUUUUUUCAAACGGUGAAAUAAAUGACAUUUAUGUAUAUCUGAUUUCUAUAUUGAGUUUGGAAUUUGAAACCUUUAAAGAGUACUAGGGUUUUUAGUGGGUGUGAAUCUUUUAUGCUUUAUAUUAUAAAGAAAACCAAGAAACAGAGAGAACAGAGUAGGAGAGAGAAGGGUAGAGAGUGAGUGAAGUCAGAUUUGUGCUUGGUGGUGUCUCUGAUUUUGAGAAUUAUUUUAAUCUUGAGAGCCUGUUGGCUAUGUCUCCUUGGCUGACUCGGUGCACCCGGAGUCUGUGGACUUUGCCGCUGACCAAGGAAACAACCUCUUCUUUCACUCUCUUCCCUUUCAAGUGAACCUAUUCUUUAAACAAAAAAAUUACACAAAUUCAUCUUCUCUCUCUUCUCAGAUUGCUUCGGCCUCUGUUGCUGUCAAGAUUCGGUCGUAGUGCAGCAUAAAUCAUUCAUCUCUUUGAGACUCUAUUUACUUCAUAUUUAGAAAUCUGGUCCCCACCCACAUACGGGGCUUAAUUUCCUUUACCUGGAGGUUUCUCCUCGAUUGGGGUUAUGUUCGGUCAUUGGGGAUGUGUGGUGGCGACCGUGAAGCACUUAAUCGGGUAGUGAAGUGAUCAGUUGAGUAGUGAGGAAGGAUUGUUUUGUGGUGCCGGAGGAAUAGCGGAAGUAAACGUUUGUUUGCCAAGAUGAAGUUCAUGAAGCUUGGAUCAAAGCCGGAUUCCUUCGAGACUGAUGGGAACAAUGUCAGGUAUGUAGCCACCGAGUUGGCAACUGACAUCGUUGUUAGCGUAGGGAAUGUGAAGUUUUAUCUGCACAAGAAAAAAAUGGUUCUGCAGUUUCCUCUCUUGUCGAAGAGCGCCCUUUUGCACAAGCUCGUUACAUCCACGAAUGACGGAAAUGGUGAUGAAGUCCACAUUCAUGACAUUCCUGGUGGACCCGUUGCUUUUGAAAUAUGUGCCAAGUUCUGUUAUGGCAUGACUGUCACUCUCAAUGCUUAUAACGUUGUUGCGGCUCGAUGUGCGGCUGAGUACCUUGGAAUGCACGAGACAAUUGAGAAGGGAAACCUCAUCUACAAGGUUGAUGUUUUCCUAACCUCGAGCAUUUUCCGGAGCUGGAAGGAUUCUAUAAUUGUUCUUCAGACCACCAAGUCUCUGUUGCCUUGGUCUGAGGAACUGAAGUUGGCAAGUCACUGCAUCGAUGCCAUAGCUUCCAAGGCCUCCGUUGAUAUUUCCAAGGUGGAUUGGUCCUAUACUUAUAACCGAAAAAAGCUCCUGGAGGAAAACGCGAGCGAUCCUAACUGGAACGGUGUUAGAAACCGGGUGGUGCCCAAGGAUUGGUGGGUCGAGGAUUUGUGUGAGCUAGAAGUAGACUUAUACAAGCGUGUUAUAACUAAUAUAAAAAAUCGAGGGAUAAUUUCUGGUGAAGUGGUCGAAGAAGCCUUGAAAGCGUAUGCUUUGAGAAGGUUGCCAGGAUUUAGCAAGGGUAUGAUCCAGUGUAGCGAUAUGUUGAAGAGUCAAUUGAUAGUGGAUGUGAUCGUGUGGCUAUUGCCUGUGGAGAAAGGCAGCGUUUCUUGUGGUUUCUUGUUCAAGCUGUUAAAAGCAGCUAUUUUGGUGGAUUCAGGAGAAAUGGAGAAGAAAGAACUUGUGAGGAGAAUAGGACAGCAGUUGGAGGAGGCUUCUGUGAGCGAUCUUCUAAUACGAGCCCCAGAAGGUGAAACUAUGAUGUAUGAUGUCGAGAUAGUGCAUAAUAUGCUAGAGGAGUUUGUGAUGCAAGAUCAGAAUGCUGAAAUUCAAUUAGUAGAGGGCUGUGAGAUGAGAAGGCCGGGGAUUUUGACAGAAGCUUCAAAGCUUAUGGUGGCAAAACUGGUUGAUGGCUACCUUGCUGAAAUUGCAAAGGAUCCUAACUUGCCUUUGUCGACAUUUGUUAAUCUUGCUGAGAUGGUGUCCGGUUUUUCGCGACCUGGUCAUGAUAGCAUUUAUCGGGCCAUUGACAUGUACCUCAAGGAGCAUCCCGGGAUUAGCAAGAGCGAGAGGAAGAGGAUAUGCCGGCUGAUGGACUGCAAGAAGCUAUCCAUAGAUGCAUGCAUGCAUGCCGUGCAAAAUGAGAGACUUCCAUUGCGUGUCGUUGUGCAAGUUCUCUUCUUUGAGCAGGUCCGGGCUGCUGCAUCAUCUGGAAGCAGCACUCCUGACCUACCUAAAGGCAUCAAGGACUUAAAUAGUGGGUCCCACGGGAGCUCAAGGUCCGCCACAACUAACACAGACGAAGACUGGGAUGCUGUGGCCACGGCUGAGGAGCUUAAGGCCUUGAAGGCUGAGGUAGCGGCCUUGAGGCUCGGGAGUGAAAGAAACGGAAGUCAUGUUGACAAGACUUCUUUGAUUAGUAGAACGAAAGGGUUGCUCAUGUCAAAGAAGAUUUUUUCUAAAAUCUGGUUGAGCAAGGCCGGGCAAGGGGAGAAUAGUGGGUCGGAUUCGUCGGAGAGUCACGGUUCGGCCAACCCCGAAGAAGCUAAAUCUACGCCGUCAAGAAACCGGCGACAUUCGGUGUCUUAGUGACAAUCAAGUGGGAGAAUGUGAAAUUCUUGGUGGGUUUUUUUUUGGGGGGGGGGGUUUGUGUUUUUUUGUAAUGACAGGAUAUUGGAAAGUGCAAGUAGUAGAAGCAAAUAGUUUGGAAGAAGAGUUUGAAUUGACUUUGUUGAAUGUUAUAUAUAUAUUGAAGCAAAUAGUUCAGAAUCACAGUUGGUUGAAUCA